AUGGGACUUCUGGCCUUGCUGCAUCCCCAAGCCAGAGGCAGUCAAGGGUCGGAGAGAUUCAGAGCGAAGGACGCCCCCGCCCCUGCCGCACAGGCUUCCUUGGCGAACGCACCUCUUCCCUUUGGGAUCCCAAACGCCCCCGCCCCACCCAUCCCCAGCAAGGGCGCUGUGGAAGGAGUUUUGGGUCUCCCAGCAAGCCGGAGCGACUCCCCCUGCCUGAAGGGGGAAGGGCAGCGUCCCUCCUUGGGGGCCCUGGAGCCGCCCCGGGGCCAGCAAGCGCCCGCCCAAGGCCCUGCGGUGGCCGGCCCGCUCGACUGGCAGCCCCGGGGCGGCAGAGCCCGGCUGGACGGCUCCCUGGGGCGGGGGCGGCGGCGGGGCCUGGGGAGGGGUCGAGCCGCUCCCCUGCGCAGGCUCUUCCCGGUCCGCGGCGGCCCCCCCUCCUCCGCCGGGCGGCCAGCGAGGGCGGCUCCCGCUUGGGCCCGGUUCAGGAAUGCAUCUCCGCCCCGGGCCUCCCGCGGGGCCGCCGCGCUCCCGGCCCCCGCCUCCGGAAGGAGCCGCGGCCCCCGCGGGGCUGGAGCGGCGGGCGGCGUCUGGCCCGGCAGGGCCCCCCGUGGCAGGAGGCUCCCCGCGCCCGGGUGCGCCGGGCCGCCCCCCGCCCCCCCCGGACAAAGGGGUCGCCCCCCUCCGUGCCCCCGCCGAGGGCACGCAUGCGCGCCCCUCUCCCCGAGGCCGGCCGCGAGCCCGACGGGGCCGCAGCAGCCUCGGGGGACGCGCAGCCAGCCCCGCCCGCCCGGGGAGGGGAGGGGGGACGCGGCGGCGGCGGCGGCGGCGGACCCCCGGGCUGCACCCCCGCUCUGCCGUCUUGGCCCGCCCCGGCCCGGCCCGGCCCAGGAAGGGGGCGGGCAGGGGUCGGGCGCCGCCCCUGGCCGGCGGGCGGGGGGCGAGCAUCGGGCGCCGCCUCCCAGCUCCGGCCCUGCAGAAGGGCUCCGGCGGAGGCCGCGCGGGUGGCGGCGGCGGGCGGCGGGCGGCGGGCGGCGGAGGGCGCUGUCCCGCGGAGCCGCGAGCGCGCAGGCCGACCAGGGCGCCGUCCCGAGCAGGCAGGCGGGCAGGCGGGCAGGCGGGUGGGCGAUCGCCGCGCUCGGCAGCCCCUCCGCGCCCCAGCCGGCGCCCCUCGGCGGCCCUUCCCCGCCCGCUCGCCCGCGCUCCGGGGCGCAGAUGCGGCGCUGCGGAGGGGCGCCCCGUGGGAGCCGCUGGGGCCGGCCGACCCCCGCCGCGCCCCCGCCGCUCUGA